GUUGCCCCUUUGUUAUAGGGUGAAGUGGCAAACCUGCAACUGAUCUAUUCCUACAACAGUCAACAUAUCCUCCGAUUUUGGCGUUUAGCACGAAUACCAUGAUGUUCAUCUAUUACCUUUAGAAUCUGUUUGUUAUGGCGUUGCAAUACAACUAUAGCAACAUGGUUAUACUACAUGGUGUUAGCCAGAACUGUGGUGUUAACCGGAGGUAUGGUACUGUGGUUUGGAGGCACCUAUUUUGCUGUGUGGUGUGGAUCAGAACUAUGUGGUGCUAUGGGACUGUGUGGUGUUGAUCAGGGCUGUGGAUAAACUGGGCCUAUGGUGCUGUGUCGUACUGACCGCUGUUUAUGAUGCGUAGCGUAGAACAGAAUUGUGUGGAGUGGGUACUCUAGUGUGGGCCAUUAUGGUGCUGUGGUGUAGGGUGCAAUGGUUUUGGUUAGACUGACUACUGAUAAUGAAAAGCUCAUUAUGGGCUAUAGCAUCUUGUACUUACUUAUUUGUGGUUGCAGUUGAACAUUUCAUUGAACACUGUCUGUUGAUGUUUAGCAAAGAAAGUAAAAAAAAAGACAAUCUUACUUGGGGCUAUCCGUUAACACUUGAGGUUAUGCUAGCAUGCGGCCCUCUUGCUCCCCACAGCGUAAUCCUACCACUGCCGGGUUAUGAAACUUCAGGCUCCAGGGUCGUGAUCACUCGUUGGGGACGGUUUGAACCCUCUAAGUUAUCUCUGAACGACCUUAUGAAGGCUUCUCUGGCCGUCAUAGAAGUGUGGAUGGAUGAGGACGAGCAAGCGAGUGUAACAGCCAUGGUGACCGUGGAGGACUGUCAGUCCCUGGGUUUCUCCCACAUAACAGCCUUAACCCCUAGUUUCGUCAAGAAGGCCUCUGCGCUCCUCCAGGAAGGUUAUCCUAUGAGGCCUAAAGGACUUCACUACAUUAACACCCCGGCAGCCUUCGACACGGUCUUUAAUAUCUUCAAGUCAUUUAUGAAAGAAAAAAUGAGGAAGAGAAGUACUGGAUUGAGAGGUUAGAUGCCAGGCGAGACUGGCUCUUAGAGGACGAGAAAUACGUUGUGGACGAGUCGAAGCGCCCAGGCAAAGCCAAGACCUCAGCUGAACUCUUCGGCUUAGAAGGAUCCUUCAGGAAGCUCAACGUCGACUAGACAUACAAUGUUCCUCCAUCACAGACCAUUUUCAGAGGAACGAGGUCUUUUUUUGUGGGGACAUUACGACCAGUGGAUCCUAGGGACGAUCAGGAGUAAAUCGCCAUCUAAAGUUUAGUCUGUUUUUUUUAUUUAGCCUAGGAUAAA